CUGCGAUUUAAAAGAGAAUCCUUAACUUUAAGGGACCGCAAAGGGCGUUUCCAGUAUGUGGCUAGAUAGCUGUGGAAAUCUAGGUGACUUUUUUUCCAGUGACAUUUCUAUUUGAGUCUGUACACAGAAGACUUAAAGCUGGAUUACAGGAUUUCUGUCUAGGCUUAUUCACUUGCAUUUUUUCUCGGUUGCCAAUGUUAAAGUUGUUGGCUAGUUUUUUUUUGUGCAAGAAGAAACCCUUGAUCCAGAUUUGUAGGCCUUGUUUCUGAAGUUUUGCUGAGAGUUGAAACUGCAACAUGAAAGAUCCUUGUCGAAUAUGUGGUGGUAAAUUCCGAGGGAAUCAGUGUCGCUGGAUUUUCAGCUCAUUCGGUAAAAGGAACUUGCAGGUGAUCUUGUCUUACGUCUUGGGGGUCGCAAUCACCCACGAUGGCAAAGGAGAAUUCUUAUGCAGCAAGUGCGUCUUCAUGCUGGAGAACGUGGUUAAUUAUGAUGUGAUCAUCAGUCGCCUACAGGGAGCAUGCAGCUUGAAAGUACAGAAACUUUUGACUGAAAAGGACAACCUAGCUCAGUGCAUCAACCAUAUAUACAAUCGGAACAACCCCCAGCCCAUCAAAAGCAAUGGGGAGUAUCUUUCUACCGAGAAACCUCCUGUAACAUUCAACACUGGUAUUCCCGAAGAAGGGACUUUAGAAGCUGAUAGCUGUUCAGGGAGCAUCAACCCUGGCAAAGAUGUUGCAGCCGCCUCUUCAACAGCUAGUGAAGGAAACAAAAUGAAAAGGUGUCCGAGUUCUGAAACACUUAGAGGGCAUGAACAGAGAAGAUCGGGCAGUGGUAGCCCAUUCAAGACUUCGUAUCUCAAGCCAGUACACAGUCGCUCUCAAAGUAUAUACUUUAAUUUAGUGCAAAGGACCUGCAGUACACCUGGGUCGUUUCAUAGUCAGUCAAGUUCUUUACAGUCAUCCUGUGCAGAGUCCUGUUCACGUGCCUGCUCCAGCACUUCGCUCAGUGUUCUUGGUCUGAAAACGAAAGGAGCCCACGGAUUUGAUAACUUUUCAGAGCUGCCAGCUAGAUCUUCUUUCAUCAGUUCGCCCUCUGUCUGUGAUGCCAUCAAACUACUAAAGAGUGUUCAGUGUAAGCCUCUGUUAAUAUUGCCAGAAAGUAAGAUCCCUGUGCUUUUAAAGUAUGCCCAGAGACGUCCAGCAUCGGGUUGCAGUUAUCUUUAUAGAAAGACCCACGAUACAGAAAGGAUUGAUGACUGGAAAUUUUUACAGGACCUUGCAGAGGAUUUUAAUGAUGAAUAUACACCACUGAAAGCUGAGAGCCUGGCUGAAAAACAUAAAGAACUGUCCAACCUGGAAGCAGCUACCCGACAGUUAACUGGAGACCUGGAGAGCACUAGAAUGAUGAUUGAUACUCUGAAAAAGAGAUUGGAAGAAGCUGAUGAAGACAAUAAGAGUCUGAACGGGAGACUUGAAGAAAGAGUCAAUGAACUGGCUUUAGAAAAGAAAAACAGUCUGAAGAGAGACAAAACUAUCCAAGGCCUUAGCCUUGUGCUCAAGGAUAAAGAUAAGGAGAUAGAGGAGCUUUGCCAUGAAAUUGAAGACCGGGACAAUGCUUUAGUAAAGGCCAGAGAAGCUGCCCAUAAGGCACAAAUCCAGAAAUACCAGGGUGCCGAGGAGCAUCAGAGUCUCCUGACAGAGAAGGAAGCUGAGCUGGCAAAGCUGCUUUCAGACCAUCACGCCAACACAAUGGAGAACCAGAAGCUACAGAGAGCCCUUGGCCGAAGGGUGCAGGAACUAAGUGAUCUUAAUCAAACCAAAGAGCAGCUGGAGAAAGAACUGGAAGACAUGCAGGAGCUGAAGAACAAAGGGGACAAGGAUGUUAAUGAUCUGAGGAACCAGCUGAAGAAGCUGAAUGGCGAGAUGGCAGAGAAGGAGCAUGCCUUGGAGCAGCAGUACCAAGCGCUGUUGAGCGAGAGCAAGCAGAAAGUACAGAGCCAAGAAAUCACGAUCAAGCGCCUGACCAGCAGUCUAAACGAAAAGGAUGAGCUGCUCCAGGAAUAUUUGAACAUGGCUAAAGAUGCUGAUCAAGAGAGGAAUCGCAGCCCUGAUGGGAGGGAUGCCAUGCUGGCUAAGUUACGGGAACAUCUCAAAGAGAAAGAAAAAGCACUUGAGGAAGCUAUUGAUGAGAAAUUUGCUGCCAUUGAGGAAAAGGACAAUGAAAUCAGACAGCUGCAGCUGUCUUUACGAGAGAAGGAGCGCGAUCUAGAAAGACUGAACAACCUUCUUUCUCAUAAUGAGGAGACUAUUAAUAGCUUUGACAGUGUGAUCAAAGAAAAAGAUGUGGAGCUGCAACACCUGGUGAAUUCCUGUAAAAACCUUCAGAGGGCUAAGCAGGAACUGGAAGACAACUUGGCACGUGCACUGCGAGAGAAGGAUGCUAUUAUAUCUCAGCUGCAACAAUCGCUUGCUAACAAGAACAAAGACUUGGAGGAAAUGGCAAACACAUUGCUAAACCAGACUCAGAGCAACGUCCGGGACCUAACUGAACAGCUGAGACAACGGUUAAAAGUAACUGAGACCAUGUUGGCAGAGGCUAUGAAAGACAAAGAGCGACUGGUGUCUGAAAAUCAAAAUGCGGUUGAAGGACUUCUGGCCACUGUCAGCAGCAAAGAUCAACUUCUAAAGGAGUCUGCUGAACAUUAUAACCGCACCGUAGCAGAACGUAAUCUUGAAAUCCAGGAUCUAAGGAGGCAUCUUUCUGAAAAAAAGCAUGAAGUAUCCAUCUUGGAAAAACAGAGUUCAGUGAUAACGCACGAGAAAUACAUUGAAACUGCAGAGCUCAAAGUGUUGCUCACAGAAAAGGACACCAUUAUAAACAAACUAGUGGAGAGCGGACAGGAGAGAGAUAAAUACCUGGCUGAGUUGAAAAUGCAGGAAGCUCCCAUACCUCGGGUGCUAGAGUUGAAACAGACUAUACAGAUCCUGCAGGAGCAAUUGGAAGAGAAAGAGGCUGAGUUGACACAGAAGAAAGGUGAUGUAAAUGUGGCUAAAAUACCCAUCAUUAAAAAGAGUGCAGUAACUUUGAAGAAAGAAUUGGCACAGAAAACUGAUGACCUGAACAAGGCUUUGAAGAAGGAGAAUGAGUUGCAGAUAGAGGUUGCUGAACUUCGUUCUUUGUUGGCAGAUCUGGAAAAUCGUCAUGAGGCUCAGGCUGCAAAUAUAGAGUCUCUGACCAAAACCUUGGAUGUCAAGGAUGAAAUCAUAAGGGAUUUGCAUACGAGACUGCGUAAACCGCCUAAACACAACGGAGUGGAACUGCAGACCCAGAGAGGGGUGGUGACGAGGGAGGGAAUACAGAGCCCAGGGAUCCCUCAGAGAGAGAGCACAAUCAUUGGAGGAAACAGCCAGCAGGAGGCUUUGCCCGCUCUGCAAACUGUGCUGUCUGAAUAUGAUGCACUCAACAAGGCUCUGAAGGCAGAGCAGCAGCUUUACUCCAGCCUUGUGAGGACAGUGAAGGAGCCAGACAGUGCACAACGCAUCCAUAAUUUACAGAUGGAAUUAACUGCAGUUCAGUUACUGAGGCAGAAGUUGGAAGAGGGCAUCAGAAGUAAUGAAGAUCUGCGAAAGGACUUGGAGAAAGAGCUGCAGCGGACAAAACGAAAAGAAGUGACUGAUGCGCAGACAGGCCUGAUUGAUCCCAGGGAGAUGGAGACUUUGAAGCAUCAGCUGGAGGAUGCUCAGCGCUGGAACACCUCUCUGCAGGCCAGGCUUGGGAAGAUCCAGGGCAGAGGAGGGGGAGUAGGAGGCACAAAUGACACAUCUGACACCUUCAGUUUUACUGGUGACCAGACAUCGUAUAUGAGUAUAUAUUUGGGAGAGCAUGAUGAACUAGAGGGGGAUAUAGAAAAUCUUUCCCUACCAGAACUGAGGCGAAAGGUCCAGGAACUGUUAGAGUAUGUGAAAGAGUUGCAAGCAUUCAACAAGGAUCUUCAGAACAAAGCUUCAUUAACUGAGAACUCUGUGGAGCAAGACAAACAGGAUAUAUUGACAUUGUCUUCACAGAAUAAGCUCCUUGAAAAGAAGCUGGCAGAUGCUGUGAAAACAAACAAGGCCCUCCAUGACCAGCUAAACAGAGAGGGUCAAAAAUCAGCUCAGAAUGUGAUAAAGCCCCAAGGUAAAGAUCAAAAGAUUCAAACAUCUCCAGAGAAGGAGAGGAAUUCAAAGGCUUCCCCCCAGGGGAACAGAGCUGAACAUCAAGGUAAUAAGAGUUCGGGGAUAAAGCCACCUGGCAGAAAGGAAUCCACCUCUGCUUCACCUGAUAGCGAAAAGACUGAGCUGGAUCUAGAGGAUCAGAAUGUAGUUGAAACAGAACUCAAAGAAACAUCUUGUCGGAUGGAGACAAUUGGAAAAGAGCUUAAAACUGCAGAGAAGCCGCCAUGUAAAGAUGAAGGAAAUAACCAGAAUAUGGAGAUGGAGAUAGCCUCUUUAAGAUCCCUUUUGACUGAAACUGGAUCAGCGUCGGUAAUUGAACUCAGAAAUGAACUUGCCAGGCUGAAUAAUGAGAAUACUAAUCUCCAAAGCAUUCUGAAAGAAAUGCAGUCCACAGAGUUCAAAGAAAGCUGUGAUGAUUCAGGAGAUGGAGAAAUCAAAAAGGAUCUAAAGAAAGUGGUGAAAAGGUUAAAAACAGAAUUAAUGGAUGCCAGAAAAAUUAUCAAACUCCUGAAGGAACAACUAGAACUUAACUCCUCCAUGGACAAUGAAAGCAGUUUUAAUCCAGACCUGAUUGUAAGCAUGGCUAAAGAAAUUGAUCAUCUGAAAAAGGAACAUGAAGCCUCCACAAAGAGAAGGGUAAUCCUGGAGAAAAUGCUAAAGGAAAUGGAGGCACAUCAGACAAGGGGUAUUGAUGAAAGGGACCAGCAAAGAAAUUCACAGGAAACAUUACAACGGCAAGAAGCAAGGAUACAUUCAACACCUGGGUCCACGAUUGGUGCAAAGUCCCGUCUUCCUGUUCCUGUGAAGUCCUCCAAGGCAGCAGGCAAUAAUAAUAACAACGGAGCUAAUCAGAACACAGAGCCGGACCCACAAGUUGAAAAGCUUCAAAGUGCCCUUCAGGAGAAGAACAAAGAGUACAGAGAACUGCAGGAAAGUUUAUGCGCAGCAGAGUUCACCCUUAUACGUCAGAAAGUGAACAAAACGGAGGCUACUCAGACCACAGACCCAAGUACUGACUUUAACCUUUGUAAGCAGAUAGAUCAGCUUCAGAAAGCACUUCAGGAAAAGAAUCAACUUAAUAAAGAGCUGCAGGAAUUGCUAUGCAAAGCAGAGUCUGCCCUAGCAAGUCAGAAUACUGAUAGAACAGGUCAUCUAUAUAAAGACCUGGAUCAUCAACAGGAGCAACAGGAAGAGAAGCUUCAGCAAGCUCUUCUGGUAGAUCAACUCCAGAAAGGUCUUCAGGAGAGGAAUGCGCUUAACAGACAACUUGAGGAUAGGUUAUCUGGAGCAGAGGCAUGUCUGAAUGUGAACAGAACUUCAGCUAGUACGAACAUAGACCUGGACCUUCACCAGUUGCAGAAAGCCCUUCAGGAGAAGAAUCAGAUUAACAAAGACUUGUUGGAAAGACUACAUGGGGCAGAGUCUAUCAUAGAACAUCUAAAUGGUAAUAAAGGUGUAGCUAAUCAGAAUGAAGACAUGGAACUUCAUCAGCAGGUUAACCAGCUUCAGAAAUCCCUACGGGAGAAGAGUGAACUUAACAAGAAACUUGAGGAAAGGCUAUCUGAAGCAGAGUCCACCUUAACAGUUCUGAAUGCUAACGGGGCUUCAGCUAGUACAAACAUAGACCUGGACUUUCACCAGCUGCAAAAAGUCCUUCAUGAGAAGAAUCAAAUCAACAAAGACUUGCUGGAAAGGCUACACAAGGCAGAGUCAACCAUAGAACAUAUGAAAUCUAGUAGAGCCGUUGCUAAUCCGAAUACAGACGUCAAUCUUUAUCUGCAGGUAGAUCAGCUUCAGAAAGCUAUUUUGGAGAAGAAACAACUUUACAAAGAGCUUCAGGAUUUACUGCAGACAGCAGAAUCUACCAUAGAAUGCCAAAAUGCUACUGGAACUUCAGCUAGUCCAAAUAAAGAACUGGCUCAUCAUCAACAGGUAGAUCAGCUUCAGAAAGACCUUCAAGAGAAUGAUGACCUUUACAAAGAGUUACACAAGUUACUGAGCGUAGCUCAUUUGACAGUUGCAUGUCAAAAUGCUAACCAGACUUCCACUGGUCCAAACACAGACUUAGAACUUCAUCAGCAGGUAGAUCAACUCCAUAAAGGUCUUCAGGAGAAGAAUGAACUUAACAAUCGACUUCAGGAAAGGCUAUCUAGAGCAGAGGCACGUUUGAAUGUGAAGAGAACUUCAGCUAGUACAAACACAGACCUUGAUCUUUACCAGUUGCAGAAAGCCCUUCAGGAGAAGAAUGAACUUAACAAACAACUUAAGGAAAGACUAUGCGCUCCAGAUGCAAUUCUGAAUGUGAACAGAAAUUCAGCUAGUACAAACACAGACUUGGACCUUCACCAGCUGGAAAAAGUCCUUCAUGAGAAGAAUCAAAUCAACAAAGACUUGUUGGAAAAACUACACAGAGCAGAGUCUACUGUAGAACAUCUCAAAUCUAGCAGAGCUGUUGCUAAUCAGAAUACAGACCCAAAUCUUUAUCUGCAAAUGGAUCAAAUUCAGAAAAACAUUUUGGAAAAGAAACAACUUUACAAAGAGCUUCAGGAAUUACUGCAGACAGCAGAAUCUACCCUAGAACGCCAGAAUGCUACUGGAACUUUAGCUAGUCCAAAUAAAGAACUGGAUCUUCAUCAACAGGUAGAUCAGCUUCAAAAAGUCCUUCAGGAGAAGAAUUACCUUUACAAAGAGUUGCACGAGUUACUGCACGCAGCACAGUUGACCAUUGCAUAUCUAAAUGCUAACCAAACUUCAAUUGGUCCAAACACAGACUUAGAACUUCAUCAUCUGGUAGAACAACUCCAGAAAGGUCUUCAGGAGAAGAAUGAACUCAACAGACAGCUUGAGGGAAAACUAUCUGGAUCAGAGGCACGUCUGAAUGUGAAGAGAACUUCAGCUAGUACAAACACUGACUUGGACUUUCACCAGUUGCAGAAAGCCCUUCAAGAGAAGAAUCAGAUUAACAAAGACUUGCUGGAAAGAGUACACAGAGCAGAGUCUACCAUAGAACAUGUAAAUAGUAAAAAGGAUGUAGCUAAUCAGAAUGAAGACAUAGAACUUCACCAGCAGAUUGACCAGCUUCAGAAAGCCCUUCGGGAGAAGAAUGAACUUAACAAACAACUUGAGCAAAGACUGUUCGCAACAGAGGCACUUCUGAAUGUGAACAGAACUUCAGCUAGUACGAACACAGACCUGGACCUUAGCCAGCUGCAAAAUGUCCUUCAUGAGAAGAAUCAAAUCAACAAAGACUUGCUGGAAAAACUACGUAAGACAGAGUCUUCAGUAAAACAUUGCAAUGCUUAUAGUGCUGUUGCUAAUCAGAACAUAGACCCGGACCUUCAACAGCAAGUUGACCAGCUUCAGAAAGCCCUUCAGGAGAAGAAUGAACUUAACAAGCAAAGGCUAUCUGGAGCAGAGUCCACCUUAACCGUUAUGAAUCCCAACAGAACUGUAGCUGGUCAAAACACAGACCUUCACCAGCUGCCAAAAGCCCUUCAUGAGAAGAAUCAAAUCAACAAAGACUUGCUGGAAAGGCUACACAAGGCAGAGUCUACCAUAGAACAUCUGAAAUCUAGUAGAACUGUUUCUAAUCAGAACACAGACCUGAAUCUUCAGGUCGAUCAGCUUCAGAAAGCCAUUUUGGAGAAGAAACAACUUUACAAAGAGCUUCAGGAAUUACUGCAGACAGCAGAAUCUACCCUAGAACAUCAGAAUGCUACUGGAACUUUAGCUAGUCCAAAUAAAGAACUCAGUCUUCAUCAACAGGUAGAUCAGCUUCAGAAAGCCCUUGAAGAGAAGAAUUGCCUUUACAAAGAGUUACCCAAGUUACUGCGUGCAGCUCAGUUCACCAUUACAUGUCUAAAUGCUAACCAAACUUCAGUUGGUCCAAACACAGAACUUCAUCAGCAGUUUGAUCAACUCCAGAAAGGUCUUCAGGAGAAGAAUGAACUUAACAGACAGCUUGAGGGAAAACUAUCUGGAGCAGAGGCACGUCUGAAUGUAAAGAGAACUUCAGCGAGUACAAAUACUGACUUGGACUUUCACCAGUUGCAGAAAGCCCUUCAGGAGAAGAAUCAGAUUAACAAAGACUUGCUGGAAAGAGUACACAGAGCAGAGUCUGUCAUAGAACAUGUAAAUAGUAAAACGGAUGUAGCUAAUCAGAAUGAAGACAUGGAACUUCACCAGCAGAUUGACCAGCUUCAGAAAGCCCUUCGGGAGAAGAAUGAACUUAACAUACAACUUGAGGAAAGACUGUGCACAACAGAAGCUCUUCUGAAUAUAAACAGAACUUCAGCUAGUACGAACACAGACCUGGACCUUAGCCAGCUGCAAAAUGUCCUUCAUGAGAAGAAUCAAAUCAACAAAGACUUGCUGGAAAAACUACGCAGGGCAGAGUCUAUAAUAAAACAUCAUAAUGCUUCUAGUGCUGUAGCUAAUCAGAACAUAGACCUGGACCUUCAUCAGCAGGUUGACCUGCUUCAGAAAGCCCUCCAGGAGAAGAAUGAACUUAGCAAGGAACUUGAGGAAAGGCUAUCUGAAGCAGAGUCCACCUUAACAGUUCUGAAUGCUAACGGGGCUUCAACUAGUACAAACAUAGAACUGGACUUUCGCCAGCUACAAAAAGUCCUUCAUGAGAAGAAUCAAAUCAACAAAGACUUGCUGGAAAGGCUACACAAGGCAGAAUCUACCAUAGAACAUCUGAAUGCUAAUAGAGGUGUAACAAAUAGGAAUACAGAGCUGGAAGUUCACCAGCAGAUAGAGAAGCAGCAGAAAGCCAUUCAGGAGUUGAAUGAACUUAACAAACAACUUGAGGAAAAACUAUUUGCUACAGAAGAACUUCUGAAUGAGAACAGAACUUCAGCUAGUACAAAUACUAACCUGGACCUUCAACAGCUGCAGAAAGCACUUGAGGAGAAGAAUCAUAUUAACAAAGAAUUGUUGGAAAGUCUACACAGGGCAGAGUCUACAAUAGAAGAUUUAACUAAUAACAAAGGUGUAGACAAUUGGAACACAGAUCGGGACCUUCAUCGGCAGGUUGGCGAGCUUCAGAAAGCCCUAAAGGAGAAGAAUAAACUUAACAAACAACUUGAGGAAAGGCUAUCUGAAGCAGAGUCCACCUUUGCACUGGAACUUUACCAACUUCAAAAAGACCUCCAGGAGAAAACUGAAAUUAACAAAGAGCUGCAGGAGAGAUUACAUGCGGCAGAGUCUACCAUAGAAUAUCUGAAUGAUAAUCCUAACCCAGACACACACCUUCAUCAAAUGGUAGAUCAGCUUCGUAAAACCCUUCAGGAAAAGAACCAAUUUUGUGAAAAGCUGAAGGAAAGAUUAUUCACAGCAGAAUCAACUACAUCCCAUCUGAAUCCCAACAGAGCUGUAAAUAAUGAGAACCCAGACAUGGACCACCUUCAGCAAGUAGAUCAGCUGCAGAAAGCCUUACAAGAGAAGACCCAAAUUAUCAAGCAACUGCAGCAAAGGCUACACACAGCAGAGCUUGCCCUAACCCACCUGAAUGCUAACAGAGCUGUAACUAAACAGAGCGCAAAUCUGGACCUUCAAAAGCAGGUAGACCAGCUCCAGAAAGCUCUUCAGCAGAAGAAGCAAAUUAACCAGGAGCUGCAGCAAAGACUAGGCACUGCAGAGUCCACCAUAGCACAUCAGAAUUCUAAUCACAGAAUGCAUGAAGCCGGGACUUUUUUGGAACAGGAUGACAAAGAGGUUCAGGUGGAUUUGCAAGACCAUGGUUACGAAACCUGUGGAAAGAGUGAAAAUGAAGUGGAUAGGGAAGAAAACCGUAGUACAGAUAAUGAUAAUCAGCUUAAACAACACAUGAAUGAAGCCAGCCUCCCAUCCCUGCUCAAAAGAGAUGGACAAUUCUUCUCUAUGGAGAAUCUUGAUACAAACUCGUCAACCUCUUAUCCAAGUUCUUCCUGUCUGAGCUCCCCCAAAAUCAGCAUGAAGAGCCUGCAAAUCUAUGAUGACUAUGGCUUUACAGAUGACUCGGAUGAGCUCAAGCAGCAAGUUAUGGAACUGAAAACAAAACUGGAGAAUUAUCAGAGGGUUAUUCACCACCUGCAGAGUCUUCUCCGCAGAAACUCCCUGUCAAGUGAUCUCUUGACCAUUGGGUCAGAACCAGGCCAGCAGACCACAGUGAAGCUCCAGGAAGAACAUGGAGAUUUAGAAAAGGAUGGACAAGAGAUGUGUUCUCACAAGUCUUUGGGUCUGUUUAGCCUAGACCACAGCCAAAAUGGAAGCUUUCCUUUAGGCCAUGACGGUGAAGAUAAGCAGAUGCUAAAGGACGAAAUAACAAGCCUUAAGAUUGAACUUGACAAGGAGAAGGCCUCAAACAAGAAUCUUUUGGAACAGUUGCAUCAACUUCAGUCAAAAAUCAGAUCAGCAUCCCCAGCCAGGUUUGAUUCGCUGGUGCAGUCCCAGGCUCGAGAGCUGUCACACCUCAGGCAGAAGAUCAAGGAUUCCCGUAGCCUGGGCACGCUGCAUCAUCACCAGCUGGAGGAUCUCAACAAGUCCUUUGAAGAGCUGCUGCAGGCCAGCGAUGUGGAUUACUAUGUGGGGAAAGCUUUCCGGGAACAGCUGGACAAGAGCCUUUUAGUGAUUGGAAAGCUGGAAGAACGGCUUGAAUGCGGGGAUGGGUAUUCAGACAAUGAAGACAACACGCUUCUUGAAUUCGCAGAAAGAGAGUCUUUCUCUUUCUCACUGGUUAGUCCUGAAAGCCUAAAGCAUGAAAUAACCUACCUCCGAAAACAACUUGACAAUGAGAGGAGGCAGCUGCAAAAGCAGCUGAAAGAUCUUGCGAGACACAACCAGAACUUAGCCCAAGCCACGGAGGAACAGCUAGAUGUGCUUUCAAGGGAGGUGCAGGAGAAGAAUAAGGUGAUCCAGCAGCUGCAGCUACAGGUCAGGAAUCAGUCAGUAGAGCUGUCUACUAGCCACAACUCCUCUGAUUCAGAAGCUUCUGACAGAUAUUCACGGAGGAUUCUGGAUAGUGGAUCAGACACUCUGCAUGCGCUCCAGUGUCGUGACGGGAAAUACGGCCAAGGCCGAACAUCUGCAGGGACAAAAGUGCCUUAUGGUCUGCAGGUGGAAGAGACUGCACAGCCACCUGGUAUUAUCAGUGCCUCCACUGGAAAAGCAACUGUUCAGGGUAAAGAGAAUGGAGGUGGCAGUCGCAGACAGUCACAGACGCUGCUCUCCACCGACACACAGAUCUUGGAAAAUAAAGGCGGCCUGGCCCAGCAGCAGCGUUUACAAGGGCUGCAGAGAGAGAACAGCUUGUUACAGGAGAAGCUCAAAAACAUCGAGCAGCUGAACGAGACUCUGCGUACCGAAGUGAAUCUGCACCGCUCGAUCAUCAAUAACAGAGAGGACGCCGGGGAAGAGAGAGGCUUGUCACCUAAACCUCAGGACAGAUCCUCAAGAGAAGACAGGGCCAGCACAGGGCUGACAGAAAGCAGGAAUGAGCCGUCUGGACUGCUCAAUACAGACCUGCUUGCAGAACAUCUUCAGGAAAUCCGUAGUCUGAGGCAACGCUUGGAGGAGUCCAUCCGAACGAAUGACCGGCUAAGGGAGCAGCUUGAGCGCAGGCUGGCCGAAGCUGAACCGGACCCAGCUUCUACGAAUAUAUUUAUCCAUGGAUCAGAGGAGCAAGGACAGCUGGCCAAUGAGGUCCACUUCCUCUGGAGACAAAACCAGACACUCAAGGACCAGCUAUCAUUGGGAUCGAGAGAUAAGCAAAAGGAGAAUGAAAAGCUCAGAGAGUCCCUCGCAAAGAGAAAUUCCAAACUGGAGUAUCUGCGAAAUGAAUAUGAGCAUGUAAAGAAGGAGGCCGUCCGCCUGGAAAACAAAUUCAGAGGGAGUCUGGAAGAAAACAAGCACCUGAAAGAGGCGCUGCAUCACAGUCGAGAUGAAAUCAACAGGUUGCAGUCUGAAAUAGGCAUACAGCGGCAGCAGGUUUCUGAGAGCCAGCAUCUCCUGCAGUCCCUCCGAGUGGAGCUGCAGGUAUAUGAACAGCUGAAGGUAGCCAGUGACAAAAGGACAGUUUCAGAUCCCACAUCGGGACAAACUCAGGACACGUCAGCACCCAGCCAUGGGCCACUUGACUUGAGUGAGCUGUUGUCUGAAAUCCGUCACUUAAGAAUCCAGCUCGAGAGGAGCAUUCAGACAAACAAUGCGCUGCGACAGAGGCUAGAGGAACAGCUGCUGAGGGGGCAAGGGAAAGUGGAGGGAUCCCCUUCAACCAUCAACAUCAACUACCUCCUGAGCGGAGAGCAGAGACAUUCAACCCUCAGCAAUUAUGGAGAUAAUGGUUCUAAAUCACCAGCACAGGAUGAAAACUUUCCUCAUCCUACUUACCGUGGCUCUCCAAAAUCUGGGAGGUCUCCUCCCAACAGGGAUGGUGCAAAAGCAUCGCACGGUGUCCCAGAAAUGAAACCCCAUCCAACAGACGAGCUGGACUCUGCAUCACAGUGCAGUGGCAGCUCUGCUGACAGCACCACACAUACUCCCUCUCGUCUCGUCCCAGGACAUCGCUUAUGGGCCAGCAGAAGCGGCCGGCACAUACUCGGCUUGAUCGAGGAUUACAAUGCUCUCCGCAAGCAGAUUUCAGAGGGGAAAGUGUUAACCUGUGCAAUGGAAAAUAACCUCCAGGAGUGCUUCCAUGCCAUUUCACAGCAAGGGACAGAAUCAAUGGUACUUGAUCAACGGUUCUUAAAAGGCUUCUCCUCAGAUGUUAAUACAAUGCAGCAGAUUCUGGAGGAAGCCAGUCGUUUGCUGAAGCUGCUGUGGAAGGUUUCACUGCCAACUAAUACAUCCAACAGCAGCAGCCAGAACCGCCAGGACGAAAUGAUGAAGACUGAAAUUGCAAGACUGCGCAGCAAACUGUCCCAGCAGGAGAGGAUGCUGAACGGAACAGUCAAACGCCUUCGAUCCACCAACCGACUCAAAGAGGGAAUGGAGAAAGUGAUCAUUGAUCAAUUGGCGGUGACCCACAAUGUGUUGAAGAAAGCUAGAGGUAAUUUAGAGAUUCAGCCCCUGCAGGAAGCCUCAGUAAAUGGGAAUUAAUCCGCGGGGUUGACAAAGCUGCAGACAGACCUGUUCAUCUGAGGAUCAAAAAAGUGACUUUUUAGAAUCUUCCCAAUGGAGCUAUUAAGACUUUGUAAGAUGUCACCAAGAUGAUAUAUAGAUAGAUUAUAUAUAUAUAUAUAUAUAUAUAUAUAUAUAUACACACAUUUUUUAUGCUUUUAAUAUUUUAACAACGCUUAAGAAAAGAGAAAAAAUUGUUAAGUUCAAGUUAAAUUGCUGAAAUACUUUUUAUAAAUUGUAAAGUGUGCUUUUAUUAACAUACUGUAAAAAAAAAUAAUUAUGUACAUUUUGCAAGAAUGUUUAGAGUGAAUGUUUAGAGUACAGUUUUCAUAUUUUUUUUAACUUACCUGCUGCCUUGCUUUCAGUUGAAAGCAUUGUUUGUAUCAUGAAGCUGUUGUGUUUCAGGAUUUUACGAUUUUAUUUUUUCUUCAAACAUUUACAUAGAAAACAUACCUCCUUUUAAAUUAGUUUCUAAUUUGGACCCCUGGAACUGUUUGAUGUUUUAAAGAGACACAGUUCAUGUGUCAAAGGUAUGAAAAUGUUAAUGUGUACGAACAACUUCACAUUAAAGUGGAAAUUAAGUUUGAAA